AUGGGAAGCACAAUGGUUGAGUUCAAGAACCCCGCUACCGCCACCCUCCUCGAGGCCGUCAAGACCCGCCGCACCAUCUACGGCCUCAAGGCUGAGAGCCCCGUCUCCGACGACACCAUCGAGGCCAUUGUCCGCGAUGCCGUCCUGCACGUGCCCAGCUCCUUCAACACCCAGACCUCCCGCGUCGUCCUGCUGCUGAAGGAGGAGCACCAGAAGGUGUGGGACAUUGCGCUCGAGGCUAUGGAGGGCCUUGUUGCUGCUGGUGCCCUGCCCAAGGAGGCGUACGAGUCUCACACCAAGCCUAAGCUCGAGGGGUUCCGUGCUGCUUAUGGAACUGCUCUCUUUUUCGUCGACUACGACUCUCUCAAGGACAUCAAGGAGAAGUUUGCGGCCUACGCCGACAAGUUCGAUCCUUUUGCUCUUGAGUCCAACGCCAUGUCUCAGUACCUUGUCUGGACCGCCCUCGCCUCUGAAGGCUUCGGUGCCAACCUUCAGCACUACAGCCCCCUCAUUGACGAGCAGAUCACCAAGCAGUGGAACAUUCCCGCCAGCUGGAAGCUCGAUGCCCAGCUCGUCUUUGGCACUCCCACCUCUCGUCCCAUGGAAAAGACCUUUGCUCCCAUCGAGGACCGCUUCAAGGUCUUCGGCAAGUCCGCAUAG